AUGAAUCCUCAGAGUCACGGUAGUAUACGGUUUUCAUCUGGAACUGGUGAUGAUUCCCGUACCAUCACGUGGACCCCUCCCCCUCCCUCGAGUCUCGCCAACAAUGAUCAUCACUCCGAAGUAAAUGAUCGGAAGCGCCGUCGGGUUCAGGUCAACAUCGUCAAGCAGGGCGUCGCCAUGAUCCAGUUAGGCUCGGACCUGACCUAUGAUUUCAGGCUGAACCACGCCGAGGCCGAGAACAAGCUUUCUGAUGUCAUAGCCGAACGGGAUCGUCUCCGACGAGCGCUUGAUGACAUUGAACAUGAGCUUCAAAUUACUCGAGAUGACUACCAAGCGAGUAUAAGGGAGCUAGAUGACAUCAAGGACGAGUUUGAUCACUACAAGAUGCAUCACGGUCAGAACAACAGCACCGUGAACCAGCUGCGAACGAAACUUCACAAAACCACCCAAAGCCGUCUAAGCAUCAUCGAGAAUCGCAAUCAGCUUUUGGAGACAAUCAAAGACAUGGACGAGGAGAAUUUGAAGAGCGAGAACGAGCGAAACUCCCUGCGCGAAAAGGUUGUUGAGUGUGUGGCCGCUCAGGGUAGGCAAGAGCAUCGUCUUCGCAAGGUCAAGGCUGUUUUUCGCGCAGACCUCGAAUGCGCCAGGAAGGAAGCUGCCUUCGCUAAUCGCCACUGGAACGAAGCCAGGAACGAAAUCAAAGUGGCCAACAAAGCAAUGGAUUCUAUUCGAAAAGAAGCCGAGGUGGAGAAGAAUCAUCUUGUGCAGCAGCGCCAUCUGCUCCAGAAAGAACUCGACUUUGCCACGAGGAACCACGAGGAAUGUCAAGACGAGAACAAGCGACUGAUGAAACGCACCGAGAGCCUCAAGAAAGAGCACCAAGGCUGCAAAGUCUCCCGCGAUGAGCUCGUAGAUGGUCUUCGGAAUGCUCAGCAGACAACUAUAGAGACCCAAGCCCAGCUGCACGAUACCCAACGAGAACUCGAAUACAGCCGUGAAAAGUACGCCAUGUUGACCACGGAAAUGCGCCUUCUGGAGGAAAAAAACGUGGCCCAGAUGAAUCAGCUCGGAAGCGAGCGCUGCGAACACCUACGUGAGAAACGGGAGGCCACCGAGAGGCAGGCAAAGGCUGAGGCCGAAAUCAAGCAGCUCCGAGACCAAACCCACGGUCUCCGGUCUGAGCUCCGGAGUGAUAUCCAAGAAAAUGAUCGUGAUAAGCUGCUGGUCAUGAUUUAG